AUGCCUUUGCCAUUGUGCAGAUGCCGAGUGUUAUACAUCGGCAGUUCGGUGCCUACAAUCACAAAAGACGGCCUACAAGGCAUCCAGCAGCCACUGAAGGAGAGAUACCCGAUUCAAGAAUCGCCAGAUACACGUGGAAUUGACUCAUGGCUAUCAGUGUGGUCGAACGGAGUCCUUUUGGAGUACAUCGAAGGCGAAAAGAAGACUGAAACCGUCUUUUUCCCAAUUAUAACUCUCCAUUAUUGUGCCGCCGUUCGUUACGUAAAUGUGGAAGGCUUCAAAGUUGGCGGUGGUGGAGAACAGUUUAUGCCACUCGACAGCCCAUUCGCGAAUAUCCCAAAUUCCCCACAUCCGCCAAUUUUCGCGGCAAUCUUCAGAAGAACCACUGGGGUUAAGGUUCUCGAAUGUCAUGGAUUUAUUUGUACAAAUGUGAAGGCAGCAAAUGCAUUGGUCAGGUGUAUGGUGCAUGCCUACACAGAAACUAUGCAUUUGAGAAUGGACGAGAGGAUUCCAGGUCUAAAAGCAAUCAAGGAAGGAUCAACUGGUGACCGAUCACCAAACUCCCCGUCCAGUGAGAUUGAGGAAAACUCAUUUGAGGAAGAUGUAGUCCCGGAGGAGAAGAAUAUGAAAAAUUGGCAAGAAAGACGGCAGCAGGACGGAGAAUAUGAUAGUGUGUCGAUUAGCAGCAGUUUGGUGAAUAAGAAUAAGAAAGCUGCUAGUGAGCAGGGCGGCAUCCGCGGAGCCCUUGUCCCGUUCGACGAGCCCCUCCGCCGCGCUGGCUCCGACAAUGAUCUCUCCUAUCGUGGACCCCCACCACAUCAUCCAUACGGACCUCCUCAUCCGAUGCACCAUCCCUAUGCAAUGAUGCCUCCGCCAUUCGGCUUCUUCCCUCCACCGCCACGUGGACACUUUCCACCUCCUCCACCACAUUUUAUGGGUCGAGGUAUGCCCCCACCAUUUAUGCCUCCACCACCACAUUUCGGUAUGGGACCACCACGUGGAUUUAUGCCGCCCCCGCAUCCAAUGAUGUUCCGAGGUGGACCAUACCCGCCGUUCUUUCCUCCACCACCACCACAUUUCAUGAGGCCUAGUAGCCCACCGACUGAUGGUGGACCAAUUAUUACUGGGCCAGAGUCGGUUUAUGGGACAAUGCGUCGAGGAGCUUAUGAAGAGCCAGCUUAUGUUGGAGCAACUGGAGGAUUCCCGGAGGCUAGCUAUCAACCGGCUAAUUAUGGUGGAGAUGGUUAUGAGACAUAUUAUGAUACAUUCAAGAAGCGAGGAACACUGAAGAAGGGGGAAUCGGCGUCGAUGGCUUCCACGAGAGCCGAUAGCGCCUGGGAUCAAUAUGAAGCUGGGAUCUAUAGAAAACCACAUAUCAAUGAGAAAGCUUUUUCGGGAACUUUGAGAUCAAUGGCCGCCAAGGAGACAAGUAACGCUACGCUGAAUCGAUCGGAGCACGCCGAAGUUGCAUCGCAAACGGUCGAGACGGAGAUAACCCGCCCCGACUCUCCACCAGUUGACUAUGAAGCCUUUGAGAAGAUGAAGCUAAAGGAAAAUAGCCGACGCGCUGCCCAGCCCACUAAUUAAUGAAUAUUUUAUCGAUUUUUUCCCCUGAAAACCCAUUUAUUCUUUCUUCCAUCCACUACAAAAUUCUAUAAUAAACCGCCAAUUACUGGUCUUGACAACAAAAGGAAAUUGUUGAAUUUUAUUGUAAUUUUUGAAAAAUUCUUAAUCUAGAACUGCCCCUGCCCCCUUUAUUGUGCCUUUUUCUGUGAGUAUUUUGACAUAUAUUUAUAAUAAGCCGCAUUCCUUGAAUAUUUAUAUUUAAAAUAAAAAUCUAAUAAAAA